AAGAAGAAUUUUUAGGUGCAGGAAUUCCGGGAAUUGUUGAUAAAUUAGUUUGUAUGGAUGCGGACUAUUUUUUGGCAACUCCUGAAGAGCCAACAGCAAUGAUCAUUAAUACAAGAAAAGCAUCAAAGAAACUUGGCGAUAAGCCACAAUUAAAAAAAUAUCGUUGA